AGUUUAUUCCUCCUAUUCAUUAUUUUUAUAAUAUUUAAUUUUAUCUGAUUAUAUUCUUUUUAAAUAUUUUCUAUAUACAUCGAUGAAAAACCAUACACGUUAAAAAUUACGGACGUUUUUUUUGAGUAUUCAGUAUUUGCAAGAAGAAAAACGAGAAAAAGAAGAUGAGUUAACACCAAAUUACUUUUGCAACCUACUAUUCAUUUGACGACACUUGUCAAAUUUUUGAUAAACAUUAAUGUGAAAUCCAAAUUAAAUACACAACCAAUAAUGAACACAAUCAUAAUGCAAUAAUUGCAAAAUUAUUAUUUAACUACUGAUAGUCUCUUUUUUUAAAUAAUCUAAGGUAUACUAUGGCACAAUGCAAGCAAAGUCCCCAGGAGUUUAUCAAAAAUGCAUUUACUCCCCAAAUCGCUGUUAUGUGCACCCCAUUGGCAGAAAAGUGUUGUCAGAAAAAUAAUUUGGAUUUCAUUGAGCUACUGCAACCCUUCUGUAGGUUAAAUAAUGAUGUUACCUAUAAAGACCCUAAUGGAUUGACCAAUACAGUUAGAAAUUUAAAAUUAACAUUUUUGGAUAUAACAUGGAGACCUCCAGAAACUGCAGUAGCUAGAAAGCUGCUAAAUUAUUCUGUAACUAAUGCUGCUGAAACCAAAACAAAACUAUUUACCAGUGGAAGUCGCACGUUAGAGAUACCAUCUAAUACUCCUUGGUUUGAAACUUGGAGGGAUACAUUUUUACAGGUUCAAUACCCUUCAGAUCAUGAAUUUACUAAACAUUUUUUAGCUUGCAUUAUAGUGGUGAGCUCUACUGAUAAUAAUCCUGAAGAAACUUUUGAAAAAUUAGGACAAAGUUUUAAUCAACCCCAAAUUAGGGAACCGGGAAAACUACCCAAGUGGUUUAAUCCUAAUGUCUUGAAAUAUUUUGUUGUUCUACAUGACAUUACAGAUGGAGACAGUAAUGUAGCAAUUCGAGUGUUUGAGUCAAUAAAAAUUUCUUAUGGUUUUUCAAAUUGUUUUCUACUUAAACUGAACUCCAGAUCUCCAAAAUCUGGAACUAGUGAGCAUUUACCUGACCCUUGGAGUCAGUUUAUUAAUAUGUCAAUUGAUUUAAAAGAAUGCAAAGUGAGUCCAGAUAGUAGUAUUAUGAAGACUUCUUUGGAAAUUGGUCAAGAAGCUGAAGAAGUUAAAAAUAUUUUGAAUUAUCACCCACUUAGUCCAGUGAAUGAAGAUAUGUCAUUGGGUGAACACAUAAGCGAUGAUGAGAAGCCUCAAAAAAAUUUAGCCAAACAAAAAAUUCACGGUAGUUGCUUGUCGACCGAAGACGUUGAGCAAGUGAAGUUGUUGAUAUACGAAUUUACCAAGAGCUGUUUGCUGCCAUACAUAGAAAAACAAAUUCAAUCAUUAAACGACAUAGUAUCCAAUAAAAAGGGCGUUAGCAAAUCGUUAUUCAGCGCUACCAAACGUUGGUUUAGUCCCAAUAAACCUGGUGCUAGUUCUGUAGCUGUUAAUAAUUUAAUAUAUUCUCCAGACUCCCCAGAACUGCAAAUUAGAAGAUUAGGCGACCUUUAUUUCAUGUUUGGUCAGUACUCUCUAGCUUUUCAAGCAUAUCAUUUAGCAAAAAGGGAUUACAACACCGACCAAGCUUGGUUAUAUUAUGCUGGGGCUCUGGAAAUGGCUGCUCUUGCUGCAUUUAUGGCCAAUGACCCUACCAGAAAAACCUGUGAUUAUAUGGAAGAAAGCAUUACUACAUACCAAAAUACUUGCAAAAUGCCACAGUUUGCAACCAGAGCGACAAUACUAAGUUCAGAAUGCUUGAAAUAUCAAAACUUGUUUGGAGAAGCUGCUCACCAACUCAUCAGAAUGACAAGUGAAGAAUCUGACUUGAGAUCGGCUCUAUUACUAGAACAAGCCUCGUACUGUUUUCUGCAAUCAAAAAUGGUGCGAAAAUACGCUUUUCACAUGGUAUUAGCUGGUCAUCGAUUCUCCAAAGCUGCCCAAAGGAAAUACUCACUGAAAUGCUACAAGCAAGCAUAUCAAGUGUAUGAAAAUACAGGAUGGGAUUUGGCUAGUGAUCACAUUCAUUACACUAUCGGACGACAAGCUAAUAACUUACAACGCUUCAAUGAAGCUGUGGAUUCUUUUGCCAAAUUGUUGUUAGGAGAGAGUAAGCAGACUGCUCAACAACAAGCCACGUUUUUGAAGGAAUACUUGACGAUUUUAGGGAACAAAUUAAAAUCUGAAAGUGAAGUAGACCAAACAACUAGUCCGAUUUUACCCGUUCCAGAACUAGAAAUAAAUUCCCUGAAGCUAUUACUUGGUCCCACCCGACCUCUAUCAACUCCAGGCAAAAUUCCAGCAUUGGGUGUAACUUUUAGUAACGCAGAAGACAUACAAGCUGAAAACAAAUGGAUAAAAUUAGAAGAAAUGUUGGUACAUGAAGCAGACGGGUCUGCCCCUUUAAUCUUCAAACCGAUGGUGACGCUGUAUACCGUAAAAAAGUUAGAAAAAAAUAAACCAGUAGCGAUCGUUAAUGAACCCAUACAGGUGUAUUUAAAACUAGUUAAUUCCUUACAAACGGUUCUGAAUUUAACUAACAUUUACCUGCUAUGGACUUUUUCGAAAGAAAAUGACUUUAUUUCUAAUGAAGUCGUUGAUAAAAACGAUUGUGUUAAAACUUACGUCACAAAAUCUUUGUUGAUAGAAGGAAAUUCUAGCCAAGAAGUUGUACUGUCCCUUACACCUUUGUAUGUAGGCUCUAUAACGAUAACUGGUUUCUGUUACACGUUGACUAGUUCAAAUGGGACGUCAGGUGCAAGUUCUAUUAAAGGAAAACAAAUUAUAUUCAUACCUAACGGGACCUCUAAAAAUAAUAGUAGUAGUUCGGAUGUUGGAAGUAUUGGAUCACCUUUAGAAGUGAACGUUGUUCCUCCUGCACCAUGUCUACAGGUAACAUUUUCUGAAAUGCACGCCGACUUCUUAUCUGAUGAAUUGCAGAAGGUAUUAGUCACGUUCCAAAAUACCAGCUCAGUGCCUCUUCAGAAUGUCUACAUGGCAACAUCAGUCCCUUACUUGCUCUGCAAUUGUGAAUUUAAACAAGAAAAAAACGAGCAAUUUGCCAUAAGCGAUCUAAGUACGCCUGCGCUUAGAGAAAAACUCAUUAGGAAAAACCAUUUAACUUCUGUGCCGUUGAAUGGAAAGACAUUGGAACCUGGACAAACUGUUCCGAUUUAUAUUUGGGUGAAGGCGCCUAGUUCAAAGGGACCAGCAUCUAUAGAUUUGCUUGUUUAUUAUGAAAACAUUGUGAGAACUACUAUUCCCAGGUAUAGAUUGGUAAGACAUAGCUGGAACUUAAUGGUACAAGAAUCAAUAGUGGUCGACGUUUCUACUCAAGCAAGCCAUAACUCAAAAACCGUAGAAGAAUUAGCUUUAGCAAUGAAAAUAACAAAUUUGAACAAAGUUCAUAAUUCCGUACUAACUGAAAUAACACUAAUAAAUGUAGGACUACUUAGUAAAUACUGGACGAUGACAAAAGACAUCGCUACUCCUAAAUACAUAAACUUGCAUUCUCAAGAAUCUGCACAUAUAUUAUUAAAAGCAAAGAGGUCGGUGAAAGAUACAAGUGAAUAUUCCAGUGUGCCCUUAAAUGCAGAUAAAAAAUCUAUACAGAAUAUGUCGAAAACUUUUCUAGCAUUUGCUAGAAAAUCAGAGAGGCCGCUACUCACAAUGUUUGAUGAAUAUGAUUCUUUGAAUUUUAAAGAAAACAAAGAUGGCAUUCUAUUACUCCAAUGGCAAGCUUUGGUCAUUGAAGGUACCAAAAAACGCAUAGUUUGUGGUCAAACUAACAUUCCCAUAGAAAUCAAUCGAAAAGAUGAAGAUGUUAUUCAAAUGGAAAGGAUCCUUUCAGACACAUUUAUUGAUAUUAGUGAUAAAACCAUAUCAGAAGAUGAAUCGGUACAGUCAACUCAAAAACAAGUUUCUUACAAUUUAAUACAUCCUCCUGUUGUCAAGCAUAAUUUCAAUGAGAAGAAAAUUUGUAUAGUGCCUGUUAAAAUCCUUCUGCAUAGCAUUGUGGAUAACAAGAUUCUCAAUGUGACUGUAAAUACCACAGAACCUAGUGUAAAACUGCCUGCGAUAAGCAAAUCAAAUCUAUUUUGUACAUAUGCUUCCAGUAACUUUUGUUGGUUAAGCAAUAGUAGAAUUAAUAAGAACCUAAAUCCUCUAACAACUGAAACAAUUCAACUUUCGGCUGCUCUGUCUGGACCAGGAACCUUCGACUUAGGCGCCCACAUCAAAGUUUUAUGCAGAACUGCUAAUGAAUCUGAAUCUUUUGUACUUCAAUCUUGUCAGAUUCACCCUACUCUAAUUGUUACAAAUGUAGGUAGUUAAUUUUUUUUGUAUUUCAGAGUCUAAAUUUCUUGUUUAUUGUACUAUACUUACUGUGAGCAUUUGUUACAUAAUGUAAAAUAAGAGA